AUGGGUGCUACUGCUACACUGAAAUUUGCAUGCAUGGUUCUUCUUCUUGUUUGGAGCAUUAAUGUAAUUUGUGCUCUCAGUGGAGCUGAGCAUGGUGGUGAAGCAGACGAUGAAAGUAGUAGCUAUGUAGGUCCAAGUGGAUGGAAUAACUUCGAUAAUGAUGAUGAUUAUUGCUCAUAUAGAAACUGGCGGAGUUGUGGGAGUUUCUUUGGGAGAGGUGGUAGAGGCCAUGGAGCUGGAGUUGUUGGUGGUGGUGGUGGUGGUGGCGGUGGCGGUGGAGGAGGUGGAGGAAGUGGGUCAGGUCACGGAGAAGGUUAUGGAGCAGGAGCUGGUGUAGGUGAUAGUAGUGACGGUGCCGGGGGAGGAGGCGGCGGUGGAGGAGGAGGAGGUAGUGGUUCAGGUGGAGGAUAUGGUAAAGGAAGAGGUUUUGGUGGUGGUGGCGGAGUAGGUGCUAGCAUUGGAGGGGGAGGAGGAGGAGGAGGCGGAGGCGGAGGCGGUUCUAGUGGUGGUUAUGGUCAUGGUAGUGGUUUUGGUGGGGGUGUUGGUGUUGGAGGAGGUGGUGGUGGGGGAAUGGGUUUUGGAAUGGGCAUUGGAUUUGGAUUUGGAAUUGGAAAUGGAAAUGGUGGGGAUGGUGGUACUACUACUCAUGAUCAUCAAAUUGAUGGUAAUAUUGGAGGAGGUCCUGCUAAGCCCUAA